AUGGGUGCGUGUGCAGGCUACGAAGGUUGUAAACUACCAAAAGUUUGUGUGGUGGUAAACAACGAACCGAAAUGUAUCUGUGAGGAGUGUGAAUCAGAAUUGAAUGAGGUGUGUGCAUCGGAUGGCAUUACCUAUGCGAAUCCGUGCAAAAUGAGGCUGGAGGCUUGCAAAACCGGACGAAAUAUUUACGAGAAAUAUCACGGUAUUUGUGAAGGAUGUGUGAAUGUACGUUGCGAAUUCUACGCUCAAUGUGUAUCGGAUGAGUACGGUAAUGGAAUCUGCAAAUGUCCAAACGAUUGUGAUGCAUUACAAUCGGCAAGCAGUCCGCACUCGACGACGAAGGUGUGUGCCACCGAUGGACUCACGUACGACUCCGAAUGUGCGAUGAAGCAAGCCGCAUGCAAACAGCAAAAAUUCAUCGUGAUUGCGUUUUAUGGUGCAUGUGACAGCUGCGCGAAUGUUGUUUGCCCUUAUGGACAGCUCUGUCAAGAUGGCCUUUGCACUUGCCCUCAGCAAUGCCCCAGCUCUGCUAGCUCUCAACAGGUAUGCGGCGAGGAUGGCAUUGUGUACCGAUCAGAAUGUCAUCUGCAAAUGGCUGCAUGUAAUCUUGGAACACCCAUUCGAAUGAUGCCUUUAACGCAUUGUCGAGCGCUUCGAGCUGGAGAUGCGUAUACAAGUGAUCGCCACAAUGAGAUUACUGACACAAAUGAUAUAAUCGUGAGCUCUCUGUCUCGAUUAUCAUCCUUAUCCGUGUCAGUAGCAUCCAAAUCAUUGUGUGCCACUCAUCAGUGUGCGUUCGGUGGUUUUUGUAUGGAGUUAUUCGAGAACGGUUAUGAGGAAUGUAUUUGUGAUUUUAAUUGUGAUCAUUCGAAUGCAAAAUACAAUCAUAUCACCGGUGAUAUCAGCAGCCAGUAUUCGCAUGAUAGCAGUGAUAAUGAGUACAGUUUCUGUGCCUCAGAUCAUAAUGUCUACACGAGCACAUGCUAUAUGGACUUAGCAUCUUGCCUGCAGCAAAUUCCCAUUUAUCAAAUUGCACCAAUUUAUUUGUGUCAUUAUUCCGGUACUUUCAUUAUUACCGUUAUUAUUAUUAUUAGGAGUAUUGCUAUUAUUACUGUCAAUUGCUGUGUCUUAUUUCGAUUUUUUAAUUCGUGUUUUUUUGUCGACAUAAUACCCGAUUUGAGUAGUUGGCAAAAGCGUAUCAUGAUAGAAAUCUACCCGUAG